AUGAAUCAGAACAUGGACACAUUCCGAUUUCUGGACCUUCCAAAAGAGCUCCGGCUGAUGAUUUACGACUGCAUCCCUUGCACAAAUGAUCACUUGACCUUAUCAAGACGCGAUUGGUCGUUCUUUGUCAAGAAGCAGCCACUCCACAGAGACCAGAACGCUGUGCACCGUGAUGUGGACUCCGAUAAACCCGUCAUUCUCGUUGUGCAGAUGCCUCAUGCAUCCAUACUUGCCACGUGUCGGAUGAUCCACGACGAGGCUCUCCCCAUCAUCACCAAAAGGCGGAACACACCACAGCUGAAAACGUUGAAGAUUUUGUGCGGCGCCGACUUCCUGGACGUGUUUUCACAGCAAGACGGCCUGCUCGACAUCAUCUUGAGUUGCGCUACAACUUCGGGCGACAGCCAAGGCAGUGCCGGGGAACACGAUGGCAAUGAGAACAUCCAAGACUGGCUACUCGACGCUGCAAUGGUAAAAAUUCAAGAUACAAAGCACCGCCAUUAUCUCGCACUCACCCACAUCAUCGACCAGGUCCAGCAGAACCUAUGCUCCGACCAAGCCCUCCCGAUUGAGAUCUCGCUCAUCGAUAGAAACCUGCACAUGUUCGAGCAGUUCAUGGAGAUCUUCUACUGGCGCGCGAUGGAGAAGCAGGGUAAAUUGACGAUCAAGGUUGGCAUGGCAGGCCCCCAGUACUACGAGAAUCCGGAUAGUCUGAAGAGGUGGGAAGAUGCUCUAAGCUACGUGUCGAGAGAUCUUGAUGAUGCUAUGGACAUGCGCAGUCUGGUGUAUGGGACAAGCGGGGGCGUUAAGGUGCUUAGAGCUCCAAGGCUGAUUGGGCCGGCGAAGGAUAGGUGGGAUGAAGAGUGGGAAAGGUUGUAG